GAGAAGCCCAGCUUCCAGGCUGGAGUCUGCAGGGGACACGCCUCCACCCUCACACCCCUCGGGGCUGCGGAAGUGCUCUGGAGACCAUCGGCGCUGAGGCGACGAGUGGACUACCGUUCCCAGCAGGCGGCUCGGUGUGCGCCUACGACUCCCGGCAGCACCUGCGCGCCAGGCUCUUUUCAGUUCGCUGCUGCCUAGGGCGAACUACAGUUCCCAGGAGGCCUCGCGCGAAGCGGCUUGGAAGUGGGCAGUCUGGAAGUCACUCGGGCCACCGGAGCUGGCGGCGUCUCCAGCGAGCGGCGCGGAGCCGGACUCCGCGGUCGUGGGGCCCGUGGGGCUGGCAGACGGGACUCCUAGAUGCACAGUCUUUGACGACGGCUCUCCUGAGAUCCUCAAGGAGCAUUAGUGUCCAGAAUACACUAAGGCAUGGCGAAGAAGAGUCUCUUGUGGCCCACCAACCCGCAUCCUCGCCUGCUGCUUACUCCGCACUGCUGAGCCUCACAGCCUGGAGCCCCCGGGACAGCCCCUGCCUCCUGAGGUGGUCCUGGCUCAGCGGUCCACAGCGAUGGUGGAGAGCUGGACCGCACAGGCUCACAACCUUCCCGUCAGGUUUCAGGGGCCAGCAUCCUUCAUCCUGGGGCUGGCGGCCCUGAACAAUGGCUGAGGGCCAGGGGACCCCAUAGAGUUACACCACAGCUUCCAGGGCCAGCAGCACUCCCGUGCCCUUGGACUAUGACCACCUACAGGCCCAUUCCCAGUGAUGGUGUGGACCUGGCAGCCAGUUGUGGGGCCAGGGGGGGCGACGUUCUCCCCGGGCCACACACAGGGGACUACACAUCCAUGGGAUUCUGGGCUCAGAACGGCAGCAUGUCCCAACCUCUUGGUGAGAGCCCGGCCACUGCCACCACCCGCCCCAGCCCCACCACCCCUGCAAUGCCCAAGAUGGGUGUGCGCGCAAGAGUGGCUGACUGGCCGCCCAAGCGGGAGGCCCUGAGAGAGCAGAGCAACCCGAGCCCCUCACAGGACGUAGAUGGGGUGAAGGCCACCAAGGCGGCCCACCCCAUGAGGAGCAUACAGAACGGACAGCCCCCUGCCAGCACCUCAGCUUCCUCAGGAUCCAAAGCCUUCCACCGACUCUCCAGGAGAAGGUCCAAAGAUGUGGAAUUCCAGGAUGGAUGGCCCCGGUCCCCAGGCAGGGCCUUCCUCCCUCUGCGCCACCGCAGCAGCAGUGAGAUCACCCUCAGCGAGUGUGACGUGGAGGACACCGGGGAGCCUCGGGGUGCGCGGCACACUGGGGCACUGCCCCUCUUCCGCGAGUACGGGAGCACCUCCUCCAUCGAUGUGCAGGGCGUGCCUGAGCAGAGCUUCUUUGACAUUCUCAAUGAGUUCCGCAGCGAGCAGCCUGAGGCCCGCAGCUCCCAGAACGUGAACGAGCUGCUCCGGACAGAUCCGGCCCCACACCUCACAGGGGGCGGCACCGGAGCCAAGGGGGAUCCCCGCAAUGGGCAGCCCCCAAAGGACAACCUCCUACCCUUGCAGCCCAUGAAGGAGAAGGAGAAGACCCGGAAGAAACCCGUGCGGGGCCUGGGCAGUGGAGACACAGUGGACUCGUCCAUCUUCCGGAAGCUAAGGAGUAGUAAACUGGGGGGCGAAGCCAGCCGGACCCUGGGGGAGGCCGAAGAAGGCCGGAGCCCCCCAGAAGCCAGCAGGCCGUGGGUCUGCCAGAAAAGCUUUGCUCAUUUUGAUGUGCAGAGUAUGCUGUUUGACCUCAACGAGGCAGCCGCCAACAGGGUGUCCGUGGCCCAGCGGCGGAACACCACCACGGGUGCCUCGGCCGCCUCAGCAGCCUCUGCCCUGGCGUCCCUCACAGCCUCCCGGGCUCACAGCUUGGGGGGCCUGGACCCAGCCUUCACCAGCACAGAGGAUUUGAAUUGUAAGGAGAACCUGGAGCAGGACCUGGGUGAUGACAACAGCAAUGACCUGCUACUCAGCUGCCCACACUUUCGCAACGAGAUUGGAGGCGAGUGUGAGCGCAACGUGAGCUUCUCCAGGGCCUCCAUGGGCUCCCCGGGUGGUGCCGAAGGUCAUCUGAUGGAGCCCACCCUGAGUGCUUAUCGCACCAACGCCAGCAUUUCGGUGCUGGAGGUGCCCAAGGAGCAGCAGAGAACGCAGAGCCGGCCCCGGCAGUACAGCAUUGAGCACGUGGAUCUGGGCGCCCGCUACUACCAAGACUACUUCGUGGGCAAAGAGCAUGCCAAUUACUUCGGGGUGGAUGAGAAGCUGGGGCCAGUGGCUGUGAGCAUCAAGCGGGAGAAGCUGGAAGACCACAAGGACCAUGGACCUCAGUACCAGUACAGGAUCAUCUUCCGGACCCGUGAGCUCAUCACCCUGCGGGGCUCCAUCUUAGAAGAUGCCACGCCCACAGCCACCAAGCAUGGGACCGGGAGGGGCCUGCCCCUGAAGGAUGCCCUGGAGUAUGUCAUCCCCGAGCUCAACAUCCACUGCCUGCGGCUGGCUCUUAACACCCCCAAGGUGACGGAGCAACUCCUGAAGCUCGAUGAGCAAGGGCUCUGCCGGAAGCACAAGGUGGGCAUCCUCUACUGUAAGGCGGGACAAAGCUCCGAGGAGGAGAUGUACAACAACGAGGAGGCGGGCCCUGCCUUUGAGGAGUUCCUGGCCCUGGUGGGUGAGAAGGUCUGCCUGAAGGGGUUCACCAAGUAUGCCGCCCAGCUGGACGUCAAGACCGACUCCACGGGAACCCACUCCCUCUACACAACGUACCAGGACUACGAGAUCAUGUUCCACGUCUCCACCCUGCUCCCCUACACCCCCAACAACAGGCAGCAGCUACUAAGGAAGAGGCACAUAGGGAACGACAUCGUGACUAUCAUCUUCCAGGAGCCCGGAGCACUGCCUUUCACCCCCAAGAACAUCCGCUCACACUUUCAGCACGUCUUCAUCAUCGUCCGCGUCCACAACCCCUGCACUGAUAACGUCUCCUACAGUAUGGCUGUUACCCGAUCCAAAGACGCUCCUCUUUUCGGCCCCCCCAUUCCCAGCGGAACCACAUUCCGCAAAUCUGAUGUCUUCAGAGACUUCUUGCUGGCCAAGGUGAUUAAUGCUGAGAAUGCUGCACACAAGUCCGACAAGUUCCACACCAUGGCCACCAGGACCCGCCAGGAGUACCUCAAGGACCUGGCUGAAAACUGUGUCUCCAACACUCCCAUCGACUCCACUGGCAAAUUCAACCUCAUCUCCCUGACCUCCAAGAAGAAAGAGAAGACAAAGGCACGGGCGGGCGCUGAGCAGCACAGUGCGGGGGCCAUCGCCUGGAGAGUGGCGGCUCAGGACUAUGCCCAGGGGGUAGAAAUCGACUGCAUUUUGGGAAUUUCCAAUGAGUUUGUGGUGCUCCUGGACCUUCGCACCAAGGAGGUGGUGUUCAACUGCUACUGUGGGGAUGUCAUUGGCUGGACCCCAGACUCCUCAACACUGAAAAUCUUCUAUGGGCGAGGGGACCACAUCUUCCUCCGGGCUACAGAGGGCUCUGUGGAGGACGUAAGGGAAAUUGUCCAGAGGCUGAAGGUGAUGACCAAUGGCUGGGAGACGGUGGACAUGACCCUGCGGCGGAACGGGCUCGGGCAGCUGGGCUUCCAUGUAAAGUACGAUGGAACAGUGGCCGAGGUGGAGGACUACGGGUUCGCCUGGCAGGCUGGCCUCCGGCAGGGGAGCCGGCUGGUGGAGAUCUGCAAAGUGGCUGUGGUCACGCUGACGCACGACCAGAUGAUCGACCUGCUGCGUACUUCCGUCACCGUGAAGGUGGUCAUCAUCCCACCUUUCGACGAUGGCACGCCCCGCAGGGGGUGGCCAGAGACCUAUGACAUGAAUACCUCGGAGUCCAAGACGGAGCCAGAAAGCAUCACUCCUGGGGGCCGGCCCCCCUACCGCAGCAAUGCUCCCUGGCAGUGGAGCGGGCCUGCGUCCCACAAUUCUCUACCACCCUCCAAGUGGGCUGCUCCAACCACCCCCGGCCACGCCCAAUCCCUGAGCCGGCCCCCGAAGCAGACCCCCAUGGUCCCCUUCCGGGAGUCCCAGCCACUGCACAGCAAGAGGCCUGUCAGCUUCCCAGAAACCCCUUACACAGCAUCACCAGCAGGGGCCGACAGAGUCCCUCCCUACCGGCAGCCUUCUGGGAGCUUCUCCACCCCCGGCUCAGCCACCUACGCAAGAUACAAGCCAUCCCCAGAAAGGUACGCAGCCACCCCACAUCUACUGCUGUCUUUUGAUCCCCACUUUGGCCACGAUGGGACAUCCAGCGGCGACUCCUCCUCAGGCGGCCUGACCAGCCAGGAGAGCACCAUGGAACGCCAGAAGCCAGAGCCUCUGUGGCAUGUGCCCGCCCAGGCCAGGCUCUCAGCCAUGGCUGGAAGCAGCGGGAGCAAGCACGGCUCCAGGCAGGACGCAGCAGGCAAAGAUUCCCCCAACAGGCAUUCCAAAGGAGAACCUCAGUACUCAAGUCAUUCCAGCAGCAAUACCCUCUCCAGCAACGCGUCCAGCAGCCACAGUGACGAUCGCUGGUUCGACCCUCUAGACCCCCUGGAGCCAGAACAAGACCCCCUCUCCAAGGGCGGCUCCAGUGACAGCGGCAUCGACUCCACCCUCUACACCUCCAGCCCCAGCUGCAUGUCCCUGGCCAAGGCACCUCGGCCCGCCAAGCCACACAAGCCCACAGGAAGUAUGGGCCUGUGUGGCGGGGGGCGCGAGGCCGUCAGCCGGUCCCACCACACAGAGAGGCGGCGGGAGGUCUCACCUGCGCCUGCAGUUGCCGGCCAGAGCAAGGGCUACCGACCGAAGCUGUACUCCUCAGGCUCCAGCACCCCCACCGGCCUGGCCGGGGGCAGCCGAGACCCGCCAAGGCAGCCCAGUGACAUGGGUUCGAGGGCUGGCUACUCCGCUCAGGUUUACAAAACUGCCAGUGCAGAGACUCCUCGGCCCUCACAGCUGGCCCAGGCCAGCCCCUUCCAGCUCUCCACCUCCGUCCCCAAGUCCUUCUUCUCCAAACAGCCUGUGCGCAAUAAGCACCCAACGGGGUGGAAAAGAACAGACGAGCCCCCGCCACGGCCGCUUCCCUUCACUGACCCAAAGAAGCAGGUGGACACCCACACGAAAAACGUCUUUGGGCAACCACGGUUGAGGGCGUCCCUUCGUGACCUCCGGUCCCCACGGAAGAACUACAAAUCCACCAUUGAGGACGACCUGAAGAAACUCAUCAUCAUGGACAACCUGGGGCCAGAGCAGGACAGAGAUGCAGGACAGUCACCACAGAAGGGCCUGCAGCGAACGCUGUCCGACGAGAGCCUGUGCAGCGGGCGCCGGGCGCCCAGCUUCGCCAGCCCCGCCAGCCUGGAGCCAGGCCUGCCCAGCGACGUGCUCUUCACCAGCACCUGCACCUUCCCCUCCAGCACGCUGCCCGCCCGCCGCCAGCACCAGCACCCCCACCCGCCCGGCGCCGGCCCUGGCACCAUCCCUGCUACCGGCAAUGGCUUCCCAGAGAAGAAAUCUGCCAUCUCUGCCUCAGAGCUCUCCCUGGCUGACGGGCGGGACCGGCCACUGCGGCGCCUCGACCCUGGGAUGAUGCCACUGCCUGACACGGCCGCAGGCCUGGAGUGGUCCAGCCUGGUAAACGCAGCCAAGGCGUACGAAGUGCAAAGAGCCGUCUCGCUUUUCUCUCUGAACGACCCAGCCCUGAGCCCGGACAUCCCCCCGGCACACAGUCCUGUCCACAGCCACCUGAGCCUGGAGAGGGGGCCCCCGACCCCCAGGACCACCCCAACCAUGAGCGAGGAGCCACCCCUGGAUCUGACAGGCAAGGUGUACCAGUUGGAAGUGAUGCUGAAACAGUUGCACACGGACUUACAGAAGGAGAAGCAGGACAAGGUGGUGCUGCAGUCGGAAGUGGCCAGCCUGCGGCAGAACAACCAGCGCCUACAGGAGGAGUCGCAGGCUGCAAGUGAGCAGCUGCGCAAGUUCGCCGAGAUCUUCUGCAGAGAGAAGAAGGAACUCUGAGGUGACGAGGCCACUCCACGCCCUGCGCCCGCCGCCCUCCUUCCAUGCAGGCCGGCCGUGGGCUCAUGCUCUCCUUUCUCCCUGAGCUCGGCUCCUGCAAGCGUGACCAGGAUAAUUCAGCCAAGGCGCUAGCACCCGCUGCCCCCACGGCCUUCCUCAUGGACUUGGAAGCCUUGGGACAGCAGUGGGACCCAAGGGAGCCCUCCCUGGGGCUAGGAGCCGGGGUCUGCUUAUGGUCUUCAAGCCCCCCGAGGGUGGCAUGGUCCAGGCCCCCCUCGGAGCUACCCAUCUGUGUUCCCUGUGAGCUGGGCCAGCCCCAUGCUGCCCUGGGGCCUGCCCCGCUGUUCCCAUUCGUCCUCUUCCUGGGCCCCAGCCAUCAGAAGUGGUAGGAAGAGCAAAGGUGGGAGUCUGUCACCAAACCCCACAGCUCCAGGAGUUCACAAACCAGGAUUCUUCACCAUGUACCACAGUUUGGGCUCACGGGGCCAAGCCCCCUGCAUGAACAAUACUGGGCGAAGCCAGCCCUUUCUUCCCCCAAAGCCCAGAGCCAUGAGGGCUCCCGCAAAUCUGAUCAGGACGCCUGGGUCCCCAGAGUGCUAGCACGGAAAAGCACGCACAUCUUCCCCUCCCACCUCAUCUUUCCAAGAAGCGGCCAGGAGCACUUUCUCCGAAUUUAAAUUAUUUUCUUGGGGACCCCUGGAUGGAGAGAGGAAACCCCAGCAUCAAGUCACCUUCUUUGAGAAAGAAACUAUUUGUACAAUCGAGACGGUUUUUACAAUCUUUUUCUAUCAGCUCCUCUCCUGCCUGAGGCCUCAGUGCCUGGGCUUGGAAUCCAUAGGCCCAUCCAGCUGCUGACCUGGCCAGGCUCGGGUGGCGGAGCCGCCACACAGCUGACUCUCCUCUUCCUCCCCAGCACGACCUAGCUCUGACCGGCCUGUCCUGGGCUCCAGCAGGAGCCUAGGGAGCCCUCAGGACAGGGCUGAGAAACACAGCCUUCAUCCCCUCGUCUGCUUUCAUUUCCUUUGCGAGUCUCCCAGCCAUCUCACAGUCCCCCCCACUCUCCCCGGCAGCAGUGGUGACUGCCAGACACCCUCACUGUGCUCCCGGGGGAGCACAUCGCUGUGCAAACCCCACAAGAUGCUGGUUCUCUCAAGGCAAUAAGGGCAGCUUGCCAGGCAGCCAAGCCGGUGUGGUACUACACCCCAGGAAACAGAGUUUCUUUUUUUCCUUCUUUAAAAACAAACAAACAAAGUAUAUAUAUAUAUAUAUUUAUUUUUUCAUGUAGAGUUGCGCCAGAACAAGUCCGUAUGGCCACAGUCUGGAUUCCCCCAACCUCAAGCUGAGGACCAAGGUUUGCCCCUGUGGGCUAGGGUCAGGAGGACUCAGAGGGACCCCGGUCAGGGCGGGCAGGCAGGCGGCUUCCCUUUCUGACAGGCCCCAAGCAGGCAGAAGUUGGAGGCACAGGCUUGGCUCAGAGCAGCAGGCUCUGGGCAAUGAACCAGCUCCAGACGGCCCAGCCCUUGUCCAGAGACCCCGCUGCCCUCUCUUAGGGGCUGGGAACCUCAGGGAAGGGAACUCUGGGGACUGUACCAAAUGCAGGCCCCUGGGAGGUGCCAGGCCAGCUGGGUGGGGCAAGAGAAGAGGGUACUCAUCCUG